UGUUUCAGGAUGUCCACGUUAUGAUCUUCAUCGGCUUCGGGUUCCUGAUGACCUUCCUGAAGAGAUACGGGUUCAGCAGCGUGGGCAUCAACUUACUCCUGGCUGCCUUCGGCCUGCAGUGGGGCCUCUUCAUGCAGGGCAUCCGGCACAUGGAUAAUGGCAAGAUCAAAGUCAGCAUCUUCAAAAUGAUCAACGCAGACUUCAGCACAGCUACGGUCCUGAUCUCCUUUGGAGCUGUUCUGGGUAAAACCAGCCCUGUUCAGCUCCUCAUCAUGACCGUACUGGAGAUCACCAUCUUCUCCAUCAAUGAACAUAUUGUGGCCGAA